AUGAGGAUCGAAGAGCAUAUCUACAAAAAGGACCUUGUCAACCUAGAGGUCAUUCUUUCCCACAAAGUAAUAUCUCAGGACUUAAUCGACGCUUCAUUCCCCAAUGGUUUGAUGAAUUUGAUUGGUUGGAGUAGUGUAUCUAAAGAUGCUGCAUUUUGUCUUUAUUGCUAUCUCUUUAAAUCCAAUUUUGAACAAGUGGGUAGUGAAGCCUUCACUGGAGUAGGGUUUAAGAAUUGGAAGAAAGGGAGAGAAAGAAUGAAGGUGCAUGUUGGACCGGUUGGUAGUGUUCAUAAUAAAGCUAGAGAAGCCGCUACAAAUUUGAUGAAUCAAAAUACACAUAUUGAAACGGCUGUGAGCAAACACUCUAAACAAGCUCGUAUGGCAUAUCGAAGAUGCUUAAUUGCAUCAAUCAAGUGCACUAAGUUUCUAUUGAGACAAGGUCUUUCUUUUCGUGGAAAUGAUGAAAGUGCCACUUCAAGCAAUAGGGGAAAUUACUUAGAGUUAUUGCAAUUCCUUGCAGACAAUGAUGAGAAAGUUAAAGAAGUUGUGUUGGAAAAUGCUCCGGGGAAUCUCAAGUUAGUAGCUCCAAAGAUUCAAAAAGAUAUUGUGAAUGCAUGUGCCGGGGAAACACUUGAUGUCAUCAUGAGUGGUUUAAAAGAUAGAUUCUUUUCUAUAUUGGUGGAUGAAGCACGUGAUAUUUCUGUGAAAGAGCAAAUGGCAAUGGUAUUGCGUUAUGUGGAUGACAAAGGGCAUGUAAUUGAAAGGUUUGUGGGGAUUCAACAUGUUACCGACACCACUUCAAGUACACUAAAGGAUGCCAUUGACAUAUUCUUUUCUUCCAAUGGUUUGAGCUUUUCCAAGUUACGAGGACAAGGUUAUGAUGGAGCUAGCAAUAUGAGAGGUGAGUUGAAUGGCCUUAAAACAAAGAUUUUGAGAGAACAACCUUGUGCAUACUAUGUUCAUUGCUUUGCUCAUCAACUUCAACUAGCACUUGUUGCCGUAGCAAAGAAGAAUAUUGAUAUUGCCUCUUUCUUCACAACCACUAAUAGUGUGGUUAACCAUGUUGGAGCAUCGUAUAAGCGGCGUGAUGCACUUAGAGCACAACUCCAAGAAGAACUUGUGAUAGCUUUUGAAAAUGAUUGUCUUAUAACGGGGUGA